AUGGGUAGUCCACAUGGUCUUAGGAAGGGCUCUUGGACUGAGGAAGAAGACAACUUGCUCAGAAAAUAUGUUGACGAGUAUGGGCAAGGAAAUUGGAAGCACAUUCCAAGCAAAUCAGGACUGAAUCGUUGUCGAAAGAGUUGUAGAUUAAGAUGGUUGAACUAUCUUCGACCCAACAUCAAGCGAGGACAUUUCGCUGUUGACGAAGAUGAUCUCAUCAUCAGACUCCAUAGAGUCUUGGGCAACAGAUGGUCUCUAAUUGCAGGAAGAAUUCCAGGAAGAACAGCAAAUGACAUUAAAAAUUAUUGGAACUCUUACUUGAGCAAGAAGAUACCAUCAGAGAGCAAAAACACAAUUAGCUUAAAGACCCAUAACAAUGGCACUAAUUCAGCGAAGGACUUGGAGCCAUCACAAGGAGAUUUUCAAUCAUCAUCAGAUCGAAAAACCGAGAGGGAAUGGGAAGAUGAUGAAGAAGAAGUAGAUGACACAACAUCAUUUUGGAGGAGCCUUUUGUUGGAAGGAGAAUUUUUAGAGAGUAAUCAAUUGAGAGUUGAAAACAAAGAGAUGGUGAUGUUUGAACAUGAUGACUUUUUCCAAGGCUUGGGUGAUUUGGUUGAAGUCAUGGAGAUUUUGGGUGGGAAUUGAGGAUUAAAUGUUGUUUUGU